AGCCUCAGUCCCACAAUGACCUCAGGUGGACGCGCAGAUCCCUCGGCCACCUACGUCCGACAGCUGGAGACCAAGGUGAAGCUGCUGGAGGGUGACAAGCUCCUCACACAGCAGGCGGGCUCUGGAGAGUUCCGGACGCUGCGGAAAGGCUUCUCCCCGUACCACUCGGAGUCCCAGCUCGCCAGCCUGCCCCCCUCCUACCAGGACGCCCUGCAGAACGGCCCAGCCUGCCCGGUACCCGAGCUGUCCUCACCCCCCUCCGCCGGCUACAGCCCCGCAGGACAGAAGCCCGAGGCUGUCGUGCAUGCAAUGAAGGUCCUGGAGGUGCACGAGAACCUGGACCGGCAGCUCCAGGACAGCUGCGAGGAGGACCUGAGUGAGAAGGAGAAGGCCAUUGUCCGCGAGAUGUGCAACGUGGUCUGGAGAAAGCUGGGAGACGCCGCCAGCUCCAAGCCCUCCAUCCGGCAGCACCUGUCUGGGAACCAGUUCAAGGGGCCUUUGUAGGCCUCUCCUCCGUGGACGUGGACUGUCCCUGCCUGGGAUUCCCAGGGGAGUGGCAGGCCUUCCGGCUGAGCCUCCGUCUUCUUCUUCUGUGAUGAAUUGUACAUAGGAUGCUGCCUGCUGUGGCUCGGCAGCCAUGGGUGUGGCCCCUGCUGGCCGGGCCUCCAUCUCCCACAUCUCACACCAGCAAACUGGGAGGCGAGACGCUGGCUGUCCCCGCAGCACAGCAGCCUGGACGGCCCGUUCCCACUCUGGGCCAAGCUUCAGGCUCGCUGUGCGAGAACGGAAGGCUGCUCUGAGCUGCCCAGCGCAGGGAUCAUGCCAGGCUGCGCCCAGCACCUCACCAAGCCCUCCAUCCGCUGGCUGCCACCACACUGGACAAAGGCCACUGGCAGCUGGACCCGGUGCAGGGGCACCCCUUCCCAUCCACCCGCUGUGACUUGAACGCUGGCUCCCCAAGCACUGAGUCCCGAGAGCCACGGGCAGGGGGGCUUCCCAGGCCCUUCCUCUGGCCUGUGCCCAGCCCCCUCCUGCCAGCUGCCACCUGUUUUUAGUAUCCACCCCCCCCUCGUCCCCCAGUGUCACCCUGCCCUGUGCCAGGUGUGCCCUAUAUUUUGGGGACCCUCCUGCCCAGUGCCUGAGGCAUCUCCGCUUCCAUGGUUCACUCUGGGCCAGGAACACAGGAAGGCUGAGUGCAGAGUCCCCGGCUGAGCCCCACGUGUGCCCCUCUCCGAUGGGUAGCACUGGGUCAUGGCUGGGCCUCCGGUCCACUGUGGUGUCCCCUCUGGAACCUGGCCCCAUCCUCAGUCACUGUGGACAGAGCCGCAUGGCUGCAGUGACAGGAGUUCUGUCCCCCUUGGAAGGAGCCUGACCUGGCUCUGGCUUUAAUUUGCUGUGUGACCUUCAGCAAGUCACUCAGCCUCUUCAGGCCUGUGGUGCAAAGUGAGGUCUCAGGUCCUCUUAGCCGGGCUCAUGGUAGAGGCCAUCACUGUAGUCAGCUGUGCUCCCAGCAUGUGAGCCGAUGGUCACCUGCUGGAGAGGCUGCUGGGGGCCGGGCGGGGGGUGAGGCCCGAGCUGAGUUCUGCUGCCUCCUCCAGGGGCAGUCCCUCUCCUCUCUGAGCCUGUGUCCUCCGAGGGAGCAUGAGGGUCUCCUUGCAGGCUCUGGGGGUCCAAUGAGACCGUCAGUGUAAAUGACCAUGUAUCAGCUGUAAAGUGCAGUAUGUACGUUUUUCACAUUCAUGUGAGGAAAAUGAGGCACAGAGCGGGUAGGCGGUCGGUGGCAUGACAGGUGAGGCCCCAGAACUUGGCAGGCUGGCCAGGCCACACUGUCAAUGCGGUUGCAAGGCCCUGUCCACUCACCCCAUCAGCUCGUCCAUCCUCGGACUCCCAGGUCCUGAGGGCUGCCCGCGGCCUUGUGCGGCUGGUACCGAAGAGCCCGAGGCCAUCUUUGCAUCAGGCAGCCUCGUCCAGGCCCAUGUGAGGGACGGGAACCAGGACCGGGCAGUUCCUACCGUCACCUGCCAUUGGCGCCCUUGGGUUGUACACUCAGGGCAAAGGCUCUCAGUCCUCCUUGUGCCCGAGCGUGUGAGUGGGUGCUGCCCUGGGCAUUACCGGGAGCCGUGGGCUUUCGAAGGCCCUUCCAUCAGGUCGGACGGGAGCUCCCUGUCACAUGGUGGUGGGUGACUCCUGCACCAGGGGGCCACCAGCUGGGGUCAGAGGCCCCCCUCUGGUCGUGGAGUCCAAAGAACCACAAGCGGCCGAGGGGGAAGGGGCCAUCUGGGUGGGCUCCAUGUCCGGUAGCCCAUUUGCCAUGUUUGGAUCAGGUCGGCUUUGCCACGUCUGAAAAUAAGCAAUAAGGAAGGCCUCCUGGUACCUGCAGACGCUGCACAGCGGCCUGGGGACAGAGUCACAGGGAAGUGACCCUGUCCCCGGACUGCGGAGAUGUCCAGGGAGGAGGUGGAGCGGGCCGUGGAGACCUUCCUGCCCGUCCCUGAACCAACCCUGUGUGGGACGGCUUUCAGGGAUGGAACUGUACCUGUGACAGCCAUCUCCCAACAUAAUAUGCUGUUAGAAAAGCCAGCAGCAGAGCAGCGCUGCCUGACCCCACUGGGUCGUUCGCAGUUGCAGGGGAGCUCACAAGCUGGGGGGCUCCCAUGGGCCUCACUACCGGGGCAGCCAGGGGCGUGCCAGCUCUGCCACUAACAGGUGUGUAGGUGACAAUGGGUGACCGUCCGCCCCUGGAGCCUCAGCUUUGAGCUCAGGGUGGGAGGGGUGUGCUGACCUGGGUGUCCUUUCAUAAAGGCCCCUUUGCUUUCCAAACCCUCCGCUUCUAGAUCCCGCAGCCACGGGGACACCUGCGCCGUGGCCUGUUCCCACUGUGACGGAGCCCACCCUCAGCCUUCCCCGGGGGCCAGGCCCAUCCUGGGAUCGCCAUCUGCUGGCCACUCUUCAUGGUGGUGCGUUUUUAUCCAGAAGUGAUUAGCUACACAUCAGUGUUUAAAGAGAAAAAGUGACCUUUUUUUUCUUGAAAACUUGAGAGGAAACAAAAUACUACUGAUUUUUUUUUUUUUUAAGAAACAGUGCAUGACUGCGGAGCGGGAGAGGUGUAUAUUUUCAUAAUGUGGGAGACUGGGCUGCUCUGGACCUGGCGGAACGUCUGGUUCCCGUCCCCGGGCCGCAGCCAUGCUCUGUCUUCUGUAGGACGUGACCUCCUGAGAACGGCCAGCCCUGCCCUGCCCGGCUCGGUCCAUUUCUACCUUCUAUUGAACCACUUUGAUUUGGGGAGAGAAAAAGAAAUAGAACUUUUUGAUAGUGUGGUAAAAACAUUGAACUAUUUUAGUAAAAGGUAACAGAGAAGACUGUGACAGUGUAUACUUUGCGCUAGAUAAAUAAAGGCUCUUUGCAAGCCUC